GUCUCCAAGUAAAGUCUUCUCUUUUGCUCUGAAUAAAAAGAGUAAGAGAAGAAGGAAGGAAGAAGAUAAAGGAUUCAAAAACCCUAAACACUCCAAUGUCUUCUUCUACUCUUCAAGCUUCUCUUUUUCUUCGUCUUCCUCUCCAUACUUGUUCCUUUAAGCCUUAUCCUUGUCUCUUCUCUUCUUCUUUGAGUUAUCAUCCUCAAUCUCUUUCCAGUUUCUACCGUUUUUCUUCAGUUCUUCACAACUCUCGAUUUCGUCCCCUUCCUUGCUCAUUGCGCCAAGACAAUGUCGCUUCCGAUUCCGAUUUCCUUCCCAAAGACUCCGCUUUUGUUACCGAUGGUGAGAUUAGGGAUUCAGCUGAGAGUAAUAGAUUGGUUACGGAUACGGAGGUUUCGGAAUUAGAGACGAAUGAUAGAUUUGUGGGUGGUGAAGGGACGAGUGAAGCGGAGGUUAGUAAUGGAGUGACGGAAGGCAAGGAGCAAGAUCAGAAGAAGAGCAAGUUUCGAAUUGUGGUGUUGAUGAUGGCACUAUGGACGGCGAUAAAGAGAGCUAUCGAGAAAGUCAUGGAGUGGGAAUGGUUAAGCUGGUGGCCUUUCUCUCGCCAGGAGAAGCGGCUCGAGAAACUUAUUGCUGAGGCUGAUGCUAAUCCAAAGGACGCAGCUUUGCAGGGUGCUUUAUUGGCUGAGCUCAAUAAACACAUUCCUGAGGCUGUUGUUCAACGGUUUGAACAAAGGGAACACGCAGUGGAUAGUAGAGGAGUUGCUGAAUAUAUUCGAGCUCUUGUCAUUACUAAUGCUAUUUCGGAGUAUCUUCCUGAUGAACAAACGGGGAAGCCAUCUAGUCUUCCUGCACUGUUGCAAGAGCUGAAGCAUCGUGCAUCAGGCAAUAUGGACGAAUCAUUUGUGAAACCUGGUAUAUCUGAGAAGCAACCAUUGCAUGUUACCAUGGUUAAUCCUAAAGUUUCAAACAAAUCAAGAUUUGCGCAAGAGCUUGUCUCUACGAUCUUGUUCACAGUUGCGGUGGGAUUAGUGUGGUUAAUGGGUGCAGCUGCUCUGCAAAAGUAUAUUGGAAGUCUUGGAGGAAUUGGAACUUCGGGUGUUGGUUCAAGCUCUUCAUAUUCCCCAAAAGAACUGAACAAAGAAAUAACGCCAGAAAAGAAUGUCAAAACAUUCAAGGACGUAAAGGGUUGUGAUGAUGCAAAACAAGAGCUUGAGGAGGUAGUUGAAUAUCUUAAAAAUCCAUCAAAGUUUACCCGCCUUGGAGGAAAGUUGCCAAAGGGAAUUCUUCUAACCGGGGCACCUGGUACUGGAAAGACAUUGCUGGCCAAAGCAAUUGCUGGAGAAGCUGGAGUACCCUUCUUCUAUAGAGCUGGAUCUGAAUUUGAAGAGAUGUUUGUUGGAGUAGGUGCUCGCCGUGUGAGAUCCUUGUUUCAGGCAGCGAAGAAAAAGGCACCUUGUAUCAUUUUCAUUGACGAAAUUGAUGCUGUUGGAUCCACAAGAAAACAAUGGGAAGGGCAUACAAAGAAGACACUGCAUCAACUACUUGUUGAAAUGGAUGGUUUUGAGCAGAAUGAGGGAAUAAUAGUUAUGGCUGCAACAAACUUGCCUGAUAUACUUGAUCCAGCCCUGACAAGACCGGGUAGAUUUGAUAGACAUAUUGUCGUACCCAGUCCGGAUGUCCGUGGACGCCAAGAGAUUUUGGAACUCUACCUCCAAGGCAAACCUAUGUCAGAAGAUGUAGAUGUUAAAGCAAUUGCUCGUGGAACUCCUGGAUUCAAUGGUGCUGAUCUUGCAAACCUGGUAAAUAUUGCUGCCAUAAAAGCAGCUGUUGAAGGGGCUGAGAAGCUAUCUUCUGAGCAAUUGGAAUUCGCAAAGGACCGAAUAGUCAUGGGCACAGAGAGGAAGACAAUGUUCGUAUCAGAGGACUCAAAAAAGCUCACUGCAUACCAUGAGAGUGGUCAUGCUAUUGUCGCUUUGAACACGAGAGGUGCGCACCCGAUCCACAAAGCGACUAUAAUGCCACGUGGAUCUGCAUUGGGAAUGGUUACACAGUUACCUUCAAACGAUGAAACAUCAGUGAGCAAGAGGCAGUUAUUAGCUCGUCUUGAUGUAUGUAUGGGGGGAAGAGUUGCAGAGGAGCUCAUCUUUGGCUUGGACCAUAUCACCACUGGAGCGAGUAGUGAUCUGUCCCAGGCCACUGAACUUGCACAAUACAUGGUAUCGAGUUGUGGGAUGAGUGAGGCAAUAGGACCAGUUCAUAUCAAAGAAAGACCAAGCUCUGAUAUGCAAUCACGCAUUGAUGCAGAGGUUGUGAAGCUUCUUCGAGAGGCAUAUGAGCGAGUGAAGUCUCUCUUGAAACGGCAUGAGAAGCAGCUACAUACAUUAGCAAACGCACUUCUAGAGUAUGAAACUCUAACCGCAGAGGACAUAAAGCGUAUUCUCCUUCCAAAGCAAGAAGGUGAGAAGUUUGAAGAGCAACAACAAGAAGAAGGAGACUUGGUAUUGGCCUAGUCACAUCAUUCAUUACCAUAAACACACCUCUUUGGGUGAAAAAGGGAGGUUCAAAGCUUUGUACAGAGUAAAUCUCCCAUAGCUUCUACAACAACAACCAAAAGAAAAAACAUGUGAAAUUAUUGAUCUCAUGUUACAAAUUAUUGUAGUUUUUAUUUCAUUAGCUCAUUAGUUUUCACUUCAACCUGGAACCUUUUUCCCUUUUUGACAUUCUGUUCAGUUCUAUGAAGAAAAAUGUAAAACAACAUUGAAAAGAAUGUAAUUGUGGUCUUUAAUCUCUGAUGUGAUUUUGAAGGCCAAUGAAUCUUA